AUGGCGGAGGGUGCAGCGGAGGCCCCAGCAGAGAAUGGUGGCGGUGGCGGUGGCGGUGGCGACGGCGACUUAGGAGCCGGCGCGCUGGAACGGGGAGUGGCGCCCAUUAAACCUCGAUACCUCACCACCAAGGAGCAGUUCCACGAAUUCCUGGAAGCUGGAGGGCAGGAGAAGCCCAGCCAGGAAACCAAGGGAGGAAACCAUUAUGACCUUGACCUGACUGAGCCUGAAGCCAAGCGGAUCCGACUGGAGGAUGGACAGGCAGGAGAGGGCGCCGCGGAGGAGGCAGCUGAGCACCUGGAGCAGCCUCAGGCUCAGAAGAGAGCUCGGGGUCAGAACAAGGGCAGGCCUCACAUAAAACCCACCCACUAUGACAAGAACAGGCUCUGUCCCUCCGUUGUGCAGGGAUCAGCUGCAAAGUGCUUUUUUGGUGAUCGCUGUCGUUUCCUACACGAUGUGAGGUGGUACCUGGAGACGAAGCCACCUGACCUGGGCCCCCGCUGUGUGCUGUUCGAGAACUACGGCAGGUGCCCCUAUGGUGUGACCUGCCGCUUCGCCGGGGCCCAUCUGGGGCCUGAGGGCCAGAACCUGGUGAGAGAGGAGGUGGUCCCGGCCCCUCCCGUCCGCAACAGCUUGGACAAAGCUCUGCAGCAGCAGCUGCGAAAGCGCAAGGUCCAUUUUGAGCGUGCCGAGCAGGCCCUGCACCAGCUAGGCAAGAGCCACCUGCCAAGCCCCACCCCUUCUGCCACUGUCCCUGAGGUCUCAGGGGCUGAGAGUGCCCCAGGGCAGGACGACUGUGAUGCCCAGCAGCCCCCCCUGGCGCCCUGCACUGGCACCCCUCCCAGCAGCCCCGUGCAGACCUGCGGGCCCCUGACGGAUGAGGACAUAGUCAGGCUUCGGUCUUGUGAGAAGAGGCAGCUUGACAUCGGUGGCAAACUGUACCUGGCCCCCCUUACCACGUGUGGGAACCUGCCUUUCCGGCGAAUCUGCAAGCGCUUCGGGGCUGACGUGACGUGUGGGGAGAUGGCUGUCUGCACCAACUUGCUGCAGGGCCAGUCGUCCGAGUGGGCCCUGCUCAAACGCCACCAGUGCGAGGACAUCUUUGGUGUCCAGCUGGAGGGUGCUUUCCCGGACACCAUGACCAAGUGUGCAGAGCUGCUGAACCGCACCAUCGACGUGGAUUUCGUGGACAUCAACGUUGGCUGCCCCAUCGACCUUGUGUACAAGAAGGGUGGGGGCUGCGCCCUCAUGAACCGCUCGGCCAAGUUCCAGCAGAUCGUGCGUGGCAUGGACCAGGUGCUGGACGUGCCGCUGACCGUGAAGAUCCGCACGGGUGUGCAGGAGCGCGUGAACCUGGCACACAGGCUGCUGCCCAAGCUGCGGGAAUGGGGGGCAGCCCUGGUCACGCUGCAUGGCCGCUCUCGGGAGCAGCGCUACACCAAGCUGGCCGACUGGCAGUACAUCAGGCAGUGCGUGGCGGCAGCCAGCCCCAUGCCCCUGUUCGGAAACGGGGACAUCUUGUCCUACGAGGACGCUCACUGCGCCAUGCAGACCGGUGUCACUGGAAUCAUGAUUGCGCGUGGCGCCCUGCUCAAGCCGUGGCUGUUCACGGAGAUCAAGGAGCAGCGACACUGGGACAUUUCCUCCGCCGAGCGCCUGGACAUCUUGCGGGACUUCACGCACUACGGCCUGGAACACUGGGGCUCGGACACGCAGGGCGUGGAGAAGACCCGCCGCUUCCUCCUCGAGUGGCUCUCCUUCCUGUGCAGGUAUGUGCCUGUGGGCCUGCUGGAGCGGCUCCCACAGAGGAUCAACGAGCGGCCCCCCUACUACCUGGGCCGAGACUACCUGGAGACACUCAUGGCCAGUCAGAGGGCCGCCGACUGGAUCCGGAUCAGUGAGAUGCUGCUGGGACCUGUGCCGUCCAAUUUCGUCUUCGUGCCGAAACACAAGGCCAAUGCAUACAAGUAG